UCUCUCACUCUCUCUCUCUCUCUCCUUCUUCGUCGCUGUUUCUCGCUCGCACUCUCCGUCUCCGCUUCCCUACAUCGCUCCGCGCGCUCCGGCUGCGUGCGCGAAUGUUCGAGUAAGGCCCUCGUUCGUGUGACCUGUGGUUUCUCCGGCGUUUUCCUACCCUUAGUGCGAGCACAGUGCCCAUCCGCAGUCCAUCAUUCGCCACGAUACGCAUUCGCGAUUCUCGGCUACUUUCACCUCGUUGCUCGUGCUCGCGGCCGACGAUUUCCGCGAGUGGAUGUCACCGUGUUGUUCCUACCGAUUCUUCCAAACGUUCACCCUGUUGUGCAUCGUUCACCGUGCAUCUUCGUGCAAGAGUACUUGACCAUAGUUCGUAAAUCGUGUAACGAUGAUCCAAUCCGAUCCAGUGGUAAAUAUUAAAAGAAACAAAGGGAUGCGAUCCAUCGAUCUUGCGUGGGAAAAAAAAACAAACGGAACACCGGCGAACGAGUGAUUAACGAUCAGUGGAAGAGAAAGUGACUCGAGGAAGUGACUCCGUGUUGCUCUUCGCGGUUUUACACGUACGGCAACGUCUCGCGAAUAAACUAGCGGGUCGAAGAGGGGAAGAGAAGAUCGGUUUGGGGUGAGGAAGAGAGGAGAAACAGCUACGUGUCAGGUUGGUAGGCGGUGGUGGGAGGAGGUGCUACCACAAGCGCACAAUUAUACACACAUAUACACACCCACACAAAUACAUUCGCCUGUAUAUACGCACAGUAUAACACACACUGUGACGCGCGAAUAAAGUCGGAAGGUGGUGGUGGUGGUGGACAGAGGUGGUUGAAGGACGAGAGGGGCGAAAGAGGGUGGCUCUGGAAAGGGUGGGCCUUCCAAGUGUCUUGUCUCCUAUCAUCCUGUCGUCCAGGGUAUCGCUUACGAAUGUCGCGCGAUCGAGCGAUCCGUCUCCGAUCCAGCACGACCAGGGACGUUCUGCCAUUGAAGGCGUUGCGACGAACCCGCUAGUCUACACCGUACAGUUUACCAUUAUCAUCGUGUUACGCUCUCCGCUUGAUAUGCGACGCGAGCCGCGAUUCGAACCGCUCCGCGUGUCGGAUAGACCGUGUUCUGCCGUCGGACCGUCGGCGGAGGAGCAUCCUGUGCUCUUCUGACGGGACGAACGCGUACAACGAGCCGUGUUCAGUGGAACGGGUGACUGUUUGCUCGAAUCGUGUGCCAUUCCAGGGGAAACAGAACUCGAGACUGACGUGUUCCGUUCGGGGAACCGUGAACGUCGCUGGAACGGACUCUUUGGACGCGAGUCAACGAUGUCUGGUGAAACGGAGAUCGAGGUAUCCGUAGUGUCCGAAGAGGAUUUGGAACUGGAAGGUUCGAGGAGCAGCUCGACACCGGCGGAGUUGCUUCUACAAGAGAAAAACGGAAAGUCUGGUUGUGGGUUGAACAAUCACCAUUCCUUCAGCUUUGACGUAGGCAAACCGGCACUCAGGCCCGCGUGUAACCCUCAGUACACGUCCUUCAGCAUCUCUAGCAUCCUUGGAAGACCCGAGUCACCUCCUAUAGACUCUACAUCGACGGUGUCAGCUGAAAGGCAAUCGUCGGAUGUUGACAGAGGCUCGCCAUUGCCAACGACGAACGCUCAGAAUUCCCAGAGAAUCGGAUCCUCCUGCGACAGCCCUGCAAGGGGUUUGUCCUCGCCUACGUCCUUGAGAUUUUCCAACAAUCAAAGGGGCGUCUCGUCGGUCGGUCACACGACAGAUAACAGAAACAAUGCUACUAACAUGGGGAUCGUAUGUGCUACCAGUGCUACCAGCCCGGCGUCCACUUUCUCUCCGCCCAGCGACGCCUCUACGAACCCCCUGCUCGGUCACCAAGCGUCGGCCGACUUGGCGAUGCUGUCGAGAUUGGGCCUGAUGUCGUCGUUGAUAGCGGGCCGAUAUCCGGUCGGAAUUGGCGUCGGCGGCGUAUUCUUUCCGUCAACGUUGCAACACCUUCACCAACAACAGCAACACCAACAUCACUCGCGGUUGGCAGCCGCUUCGUCGGCCUUGAGCAACGCCGUUCAGGUCACCGGCCAAUCGGAUAUCGUCGAUGCCGACGGCAUCCGCGGCGUUCUACCCGGUGGCGCCGGUUGGCCGUUUCCAUGGAGGCCGACGCACGGCCUGCAGACGCUGGAACAUCCGUCGCCGAGCGACGUUGUCGGCAGCUUGAGCCGUGUCAGUCCCGCUUCCGCGUCCUUUCCGCAAAGGGACGACCUGGACGACGAGAACGGGGAGGAGCGUCUGCACCGGACACGGAGUCCGUCGACGGGCGACGAAGGACACGACGAUCUGGGCGAGCAGGACGACUGCCCGGAGGCGGAUGGCGAAGGGGAAUCCACAAACUCGACGAGUCUUCACGGUGGUAGCGGCGGUGGCACAGGGAAUAGCGGAGGUGGUGGAGGCGGUGGUGGCGGUGGGCAGAACAGCGUGCAGGUUGGCGUAGAUGGUCGCGACUCCAGCAGCAUGAAACGAAAAAAGAAGACGCGAACUGUGUUCUCGCGGUCGCAGGUGUUUCAAUUAGAAAGCACGUUCGACAUGAAACGCUACCUUUCGUCUUCUGAACGCGCCGGUCUCGCUGCAUCGUUACGGUUGACCGAGACUCAGGUGAAGAUCUGGUUCCAGAAUCGUCGUAACAAGUGGAAAAGACAACUCGCUGCCGAAUUGGAGGCAGCAAACAUGGCGCACGCGGCGCAGAGACUAGUCAGGGUGCCGAUACUGUAUCACGAGGCGUCCGCCGGAAGCGGAACGUCCGGCAGUGUCUCGGUGUCGGUCGCUGCGCCGCCGGCCGCCGCUGCGCCAGCGUCGGUCGCCACGUCGGCGCUCUCCCACUCGGUCGGCGUAGGAGUCGGCGUCGGUGUCGGCGUCGGCACCUCCUGCCCCCCUACCACCGCCCAGCCGAUCUUCUACUCCCAUCACCAUCAGCACCACCAUCAUCACCCAGCUCACGUGCAGGCGCACACUCUCCUGCCCCACCAGGUACACCCACAACCGCCGCCACCCCCGCCGCCGCCGCCUAACGGCCAACCACCCCAAUCCUCCUCGCAAUAACACCGUCCGGCUCACGAGACCGUCGGCCCGCUGCAACCAACCACCGCCGACACCGCGGUCUCCCUCUCGCGACUCGCCUCGAUCGCCUUGUCCGGAUAAACGUUUUCUUCUGCCGUUUCGGUCAUCUUGGAUCGUCGAUCGUGCGACCUUGAUCGAGCCAGGUAGAGUCCCUUCUUUUCAACGUUUCCUUUUUCGUCAAUUACACUGAUUUUUCAGUAUUCUGAGGUCAGUCUUGUUUUAAAAGUUUACUGGAAGUCGGUAGAUUAGAGAAUAUCUGUGAUCCGAUAUUUUAUCACGAUCAGAUCUUACCGACGAGAGGAGAAGCUUGACAAAAUUUUAUCAUAUAUUUUCUACCAUCUUUGUUUCUCCUUAUUUGGUUUAAAAUAUUUAAUCACAAUUAUGUAACACUCUAUACGAUAUAACUUUACUUAGAAACACGAGGAACUUCAAAUAUUACAACGUAUCUUAAAAAAUGAAAAGAACGCUACAUGGGAAAUUGUAACUGAGAAAAACAGUUAUUUGAACGAUACAAAAGAGUAUCACUCGGAUCUUUAGAAAAUGAAGGAACAAAACGAUCACCGAGAGUUAAUGCAAAAUGAUGGAAUUUAAAGUAAAAGAAUUCGCCAACAAAAUAACCGAACGAUUUUAAAAAAACAGAGAGAAGUUUAACCGAAACACGAUCUGGCUUGUUCAAGCUAUCCGAAAGCUUUUCAACAUCGCUGGAAUCGCGGGUUUGGCUCGUUAAGUUCCGGCACGAUCGAUGGCUCUCGAGUCUCCGUUUCAGCAACGAAACGAUCUCGUUUUAUCCACGUUCGUCGCGUCACGUCUUUCAAUUGCACGUUCCAAGCCCGUGUACUAGCAUCCGCGUUCCGUUCCAAGCGACGAUGCAUCGAAACGUAAGAGGACAGGAUCGUCACGGUGUCGGAGGUUGGAUUUUUCGCCGCGGUUCAACGCGACUGGCGACUUCCGGCAAGUCGAACAAUUGUAAUAUAAGUAUGUAUCUAGUCUGUCAACUUGUCGAUAAGAAACUGCUCGUGGAACGAUUAUUAAGAAUAUUUUGUCGAUGAGCGCAGGACAAACACAGUUCUGUCCUUCCCUCUGUUUCUAUAGCUGUCUGGCUCACUUUAUGUCUUUCUAUCGUUUCGUUUAUUAUACGCUUUUCUAAAUACGUGACACGAAACUUGUUUCUACCGUUGACACAAAUUUUAAUUUCUUUCUUUUCCUUAGUCUUCUUUCUAAUCGGGAACGUUGCAAACAUAAAACGGGAGGAAUCUCAAAGAAAAAUGUAAAUGUAACCGCUAUGAGAUUGUAACUAAUUGUUAGAUACACCGUAAGACACAGGCAGGGUUCCUACGACGUCAUUCUACCUGUUGUGAUAAGUAUUUAAACGAUUAAUUUUAUUAAACGAACGGUAUAGUUACGAAAUACCGGCUCUCUCCUCUCCUUCGCAUUGUAUAUCUCUCCACCUAAUCUAUAGACGUCAAUUAAGGAAAAUGAAAAGCAAAGCACACCGCUUGUCGCGUCGUGUUUUGUACGGACGUUUGUGAUCUGAGAUUCACGCAGACUAUUGUACAGCUGAUCGUUUCGUAAUCGCUAAUAAUGAUCGUUGAACCAUAACGCAACAGUCCACGUCGUUCAACAUCCCAUCUCUCACGUAUCAUCGUCCCUUUCCACGCGUGUUUUUGUCCUGAAUCUUACAAAUAUUGAGUUGCAGACAUCAAAAAAUAAUCAAAUUUCAAGGGUAUAAAAGAUCAGCCAUCCAUCGUUCAACGCUUCGAACGACGAUACUUCGGAUGUACCAACAAAGAUGAAAAGCUAGAAAAAUAUCGAACGAUCAACGAAAUAUCUUCGAAUAAGACCGCGAAUAUUCAUGAUCCCGUGGACGACUUAACACACCGUGGAACAUGUCGCUUCUCGACAAAGUCAACCGAUGUUUUCCCACUAGAACGCCUAUGUAAUCGAGUCGUCGUGAAGUGGAAAGUGCUCGAUAGACCCUCGUCGAUUGUCACCGCCGUACCCGGUUCGUAUUG